AUGCCGUGCGUCCAGACCCAGUGCGGCUCCUCUCCACAGGGAGCCAGCCCGGCCUCUCAGAGCGCCGGUGGAGAGCGCAGCUGCGACUUCCUCACCCCGGAGUUUGUCAAGUUCAGCAUGGACCUAACAAACAGUGAAAUCUCAGCUGCAACUUCGGGUCCAAGUUUUGGCCCCUUGGGUGACACUUAUAGCGCCGGUUACGACGCGAAGCCCCCGUGUCUCUUCCAAAUGCCGGUGCAGGGGGAGCUCCCGUGCAUAAAGGUGGAGGAUGCGCACCCGCGGUAUCAGCCGAAUCACCAGAACCAGUCUGAGGAGCUGCUCUCCUCUCCUGGCUCCGUUUAUUAUUACCGACCACCGUCCCCGAGCUUCCAAACUCCACAAGGACACAUUUGGGAGGACUCUGGCUCUCUGUACAGCUUCAGGCAAGACUAUUUGGCUGCUGCGCAUAGGAAAAACACACUCUCCAGAUUCUCCCUGUUUUCUCUCAAACACGCACAACACGGUGCUCAGAGCUUGUCCACGUGCCAAAUGAAAUUUGACGGAUCCCUCCACGUGUCCAUGAACCUGGACGCAGCCGGGGCGCACCAGCCGCUGGACAGCCCGGGAGUUUUGGGUGCCACUGCGCUCGGAAAGCAGCCCGGAGGGGUGGGAUUUCCACACCCGCUCCAGUUCGCACACGGUCAUCACUUUAUGGACUACCAGACUUCUUGUGCGCCCAGCCGAGGACCGCUGAGCACGGAGGGGCUGUGCGCGGUGUGCGGCGAUAACGCAGCGUGCCAGCACUACGGAGUGCGCACCUGUGAGGGCUGCAAGGGUUUCUUCAAGGUUUGUUCUCAAUGCAACUUUAAUUUAAAGCCGCAAACGUGGAUAUUUGCGCAAAAAUGA